AUGGCUUUCAUGGCUCAAGAAGACGGCGAAGAAGCGGAGUCAGAACGUGAGCGGAGUCAGAACGUCGUAUAUUAUGGCGGUGGCGGUGAUGGUGGCAGUAGGGCUCUGAAAGGCGACGGAGGUGGGAUGGGAUUGGCUUCUGGCGGGUUGGCUUGUGGCGUUGGUCUUGGCCUUGUGGCUGGUCUUGUGGUUGGUACUGCUGCUAAUAGCGGUGGUGUUAGUGGUGGUGACGGUGGUGGUGGCGGGUGUGGUGGUGGAGGAAGUGACGGUGGUGGUGGUGGCGCUAGCGGGUGUGGGAGUGGCGGUGGCGGUGGUGGAGGAUGUGGCGGGGGCGGCGGGUGCGGUGGUGGAUGA